CACUACCAUCCAAAACUAGUCUAGUGUUCCAAACCUCAUUCAUUUCUAUCAAAUUUAUUUCAAUUUUGUUGAGAUUUCCCAUUUCUUUGAUAUCUCCUAAGCCGAGGCAUAAAACAUAGGUGUCAACGUUGUAUUCUUGUUUUCUGUGUUUCUUGGAAUUUUUGUAUAUUAGUUGACAUCAAAUUCUUGCAGCCAGUUAGAUUUUUUUUAAUCUUUGAUUCAAUAUGGCUUCAAUCUCUAACCUUUCCAUCAUUCACCAAUCAAGAUCCUCUUCAUUCCACAAACUGCAUUGCACAAGUCACAGAAAUGUGCAUCCCAUUUCAAAUCAUUUGGAAUUCUCACCACUUCAUAAAAAGAUUGCAUCUUUGAAGACCCCCACACUCUUGAAGCUCAGCCACCGGUUGUCGGAUUUUCGCCUAGUAAAAGCAGCAGCUGCUGAUGCAGAGGGCCAUGAGAUUGAACUGGCAAAAGGGUUUGUCGAGUCUAACAAGAGUUUUUCAGAGAAAUUUCCAGCUCUUGUAACUGGAUUCUUUUUCUUUACUUGGUAUUUUCUGAAUGUUAUAUUCAACAUAUUGAACAAGAAGGUUUACAACUAUUUCCCAUAUCCAUAUUUUGUGUCAGUUAUUCAUCUUCUUGUUGGAGUUGUAUACUGCCUCAUCAGCUGGUCUUUAGGUCUGCCAAAACGCGCCCCUAUUAAUAAGGAACUCCUGGGGCUCCUUACUCCGGUAGCUGCCUGCCAUGCUCUCGGACAUGUCAUGUCGAACGUGUCCUUUGCAGCCGUUGCUGUGUCGUUCACACACACCAUCAAAGCAUUGGAGCCGUUUUUCAGUGCUGCUGCUUCACAGUUUGUUUUGGGACAUCAAAUUCCCCUGCCUCUUUGGCUAUCGUUAGCCCCUGUUGUGCUCGGUGUGUCCAUGGCUUCUUUAACCGAACUCUCCUUUAAUUGGACGGGAUUCAUCAGUGCCAUGAUCUCAAACAUUUCAUUUACUUACAGAAGCAUUUACUCAAAGAAAGCUAUGACAGGGAUGGAUAGUACAAAUAUAUAUGCAUACAUAUCCAUUAUAGCCCUCCUCUUCUGCCUCCCACCUGCGAUUGUAAUUGAGGGACCCCAACUAAUGCAGUAUGGAUUCAAAGCAGCAAUAGCUAAAGUUGGACUGCAGAAGUUCUUGUCUGAUCUAUUCUGGAUUGGAAUGUUCUACCAUCUCUACAACCAGGUGGCUACAAACACAUUGGAAAGAGUCGCGCCACUCACACACGCUGUGGGGAACGUGCUAAAGCGUGUCUUUGUAAUUGGAUUCUCCAUUGUUGUCUUCGGCAAUAGGAUCUCUACACAAACUGGUAUUGGUACCGGAAUAGCCAUAGCCGGAGUUGCAAUUUAUUCACUCAUCAAGGCUAACAUGGAGGAGGAGAAACGGAAGGCAGCUCAACAGCAUGAAUCAUAAGGGCUCCAAAACCAUUUCUAAAUCAGCUGAAUACACAUGCAAUUGCAAGCAAUAAAGGAAAUGGCAGGAAAUGAGAUAACAGGUCAAGAAACACUGGAGUUUGGAGCUGCUAAGCCUUUAUCGAAUGAUAAAACAGAGUUUUCAAUCCAAUUUUGUAUCAUACUUCUGAAUGCUUCCUGCUACAUUAUUUAGUUUUCUCACACAUGUCACAGAUCCCAGAUGUAUGCUGGUUCAAAUGUGUUACAGUGUUGCGUAUUGACAACUUUCUGA